UUAAAAGUUUUAAAUUACAAAAUGCACUCAAUUUGCCUGCUGCUAGUCAUCUGCCUCGCUACCAGCUGGCUGCCAUAUAGCCAAGCAAUACGCGUCGACUGGGGCACCAAUACGGGUCCCAUUGCGCCACCGCCACCACGAACCACGCCCACACCACCACGACAGCCAUAUCGCGAGCCGGCCCCAGUUUGGGAGGAUCAAAGCGACGAUGUGCCCAACCCGAAACCAUUUGUGUAUGUACUGCCACCGCCAUCUCGACCGCGCACUUGGAUUAUACCCGCUGGCCCCUAUGCGCCACCCAACUACAACAAUCUGCCGCCGAAGCGCAACUUUGGCCAACUUUCGCCUACAUACAACACGGCUGGGGCUGGAGCUGGAACUGGCACAGUGAGUGUGCCUGCAUUGGCUGCUCAGUAUGUGCCUGGUGUGGGCAUUAAGUAUACGGCUAUUGUGCCCAACAAGCUGCAGGGCAAAUACAAUGCGAAGACUAAAAAAUAUAAGGCCUACGAGAAGGCAAAUAAAUAUGCGCCAUGGAACUAUUUGCAGCUGCUGCCGCUGGAGGAGGCGGAAGAAGAGGAGGCGCUGGACAGGCACAAGACGCGCACCGAGUUACCCAAUGAGCCACUUCUUGGCUCCUCAACGACAGCGUCGCCCAGCAGCAGCAGCAGCAGCCCAACGGUUAAAUCAACAGCAACAACGCAAACAACAACCACAACAACAACAACAACAGCGGCAACGGUUGCCAAUUACAAGUUGGCACAUGAGAAGAGCGCCUAUUUGAAGAAGCACGACAAGCUAAAGAAGCUGCUCGAGAAGAUGCAGACUCAAAACAACAAUCACAACAACAACGCGUCGCAUGUGGUGGCAAACUCAAGUUGAGCGUUGCACAAACAAGCAACGAAAAAUUGAAAGAUGAAAAAUCCCCGCAAAAGCAUACGCGAAUUUUUAACGUUAAGACUUGCCCCAAAAUUUGUAAAUACAUAAUAAGAAAUCGAAUAAAACAAAAUACACAA